CAUUGAUAAGUUUAAUAUUGUAAAAUAAUUAUAAGCUGUAUCAGUUAGGCUAGAACGCUUUUACUGGUGAUAGUUUUUGGUGCACAGGAAAUCGUAUUGUUAAUUGAAAACCCUUAACUAUUCAGCCAAAAAGCCGGAAAUUAUAAAAUAUGUCUGAAGAUACGCCCAGAGUUCUCUCAAUUCAAAGCCAUGUCGUACACGGAUACGUCGGUAAUAAAAGUGCAGUUUUUCCUUUGCAAGUAUUAGGAUUUGAAGUUGAUUCUAUCAACACAGUCCAAUUCUCAACACAUACUGCAUAUAAACACAUAAAAGGCAAUGUGUUGAAAAAUGAAGAAAUGGAGGAACUCUUUGAAGGACUGACAUUAAAUGAGGUUGACUAUUACACACACCUCAUUACUGGCUACUCGAGAUCACCAGACUCUUUAAAACAGAUUGCUGGAAUCAUCAGAAAGCUGAAACAGAAGAAUCCUAACUUAAUAUAUGUUUGUGAUCCAGUCAUGGGCGACAACGGCAAAAUGUAUGUUCCAGAAAACAUACUGCCCGUGUACCGCGACAUAGUAGUGCCUCUCGCAGAUAUCAUCACUCCGAACCAAUUUGAAGCUGAACUAAUGACUGGCCUUCGAGUAGAGGACGUGAAGGGAGCUUGCAAAGUUAUUGAAGUGCUGCAUAGUAAAGGCGUUAAGACUGUAGUGCUUUCGAGCACAGAUUUGGGUGAUAGUGACAAUAUGAUUGCAAUUGCCAGCUCAAAAGGUGAAUGUUACACAAUCCAGAUCCCGAAAGUGGACGCGACGUUCACGGGCACAGGGGACCUGUUCGCCGCGUUGUUCCUAGCGUGGUCGUAUAAAACUGGCGACAACUUGAAUCUCACGCUUGAGAAGACGAUUGCUACUAUGCAGGCCAUUGUUAAAGAUACAUAUCAGAAAGCUAGAGCCAAACACCCUACAGGCAAGGUGCCCCCGGCGCUGAUAGAGCUCAGAUUGAUACAGAACAAAGCCACCAUCGAAGAUCCCGUCAUACAAAUAAACGCUAAGAAAAUGGAUUGUAGCUGUUAAGAAAAUAUAAUAAUUUAUUGUUAUCUGGAAUCCGUCUAAGCUAACUUUGCACCGACUUGGACAAAACAAAAGAAAGGUAGUGGAGAAAUUUGAUUUUAAUGAUGGCAUCGCCAUACUUUGUCACUGCAAAUACCAUGCAGAGUUAGCUUGGCCCGAUUCUACAGCUUUAAGAUCGUACGAAGACACGCUUUUGACGAGAGCAAAUUAUUAAAUGCGGUUUUGUUUAAAUAUAUUUGCCGCUAUAAUAUAUGUUAAUGUUAUAUUUAACUGACAAAUGCUAGCAAACAUUUGACUUAGGGCCAGUUGCACCAACCACAAUUAACAGACUGAGUAACGUCAAGCAGCAGAGAACUAUGAGACUUUCCAUACAAUAAAAUUUAGCGAACGGUAAAACGGUGACAGACGGUUUAGUGCAGCCGACCCUAAGUCUAGAACUAAGUUAAACUAUUUUAUAUGUAUUAGUUACUUGAACAUAGCAAAAUUAAGUGGCCUGUUUUUUUUUUUUAAUCAUUUAUGGCCUGGAUGCGAGUCCUUUAAGCCAUAAGUGGCCUGUGGCCGCAUACUAAAGUUAUAGACAAAGGAAAGGGUCAAGUAGUGCAAAAUAUUGUACAUAGCUACAAUUGGCAGCUAAAGUAGGUGACGUCUCCAUAUAUUAUGCGAUGGCGAUGACUACAGUGUUGAGCUCUAACGAAAUCAAGUUAGGCAGAGAAGGUUAUCAUAAGGGACAUACAUUUAUAUGUGUCCAAGACAAUAUCUGACAAAGUGACAGAUUGAUGUGACAUGACAUCACUCACACAACGAUAAGUGACCUUAGUUCUGUAGAAAACGACCAACUUUUUAUUUUUGUCAAAGUAACUUACACCCUCAGUGGCUUUGGUCGUUUUCUGCAUUGAUUAAAAAAUGGAGUAGUUCGUUUUCUGCAUAACUACGGUUACGGUUGGAAUCCCUUAAAUAUUUAUUUUAUCAUGUUUCAUCUGUAAAAAUUUCAACUGUCUAGCUAUCGCGGUUCAUGAGAUACAGCCUGAUGGUGACAGACGGACGGACAGCCGAGUCUAAGUGUCCCGUUUUUACCCUUUGGGUACGGAACCCUAAAAAUGACGACACGUAGCAAAAUGUGAUAUAUGUAGUUUAAUAGAUAAAUUGUUAUUACUGAUUUACAUAUAGGUACUUGGUAUAAAAUAUAAUAGAUUUAUUAUGCAGAAUCACCUGCUAACGGUUAUAAUAAAAAUGACAAUAUAAAGAAAUCCGUAUUAUU